UUGUCUGUCUCUCCCACCCACCCUCGAUUUUCUUUUUGUCAGCCUUGUAUAUCAACCAAGAAGAUCGAGCUACCUCCCUUUUGUUUUCUUUUUAUACUCAUAGAGCUAGAGAAGCCAUUAUUGGCUACUGAGAAAGAAACUAAGCUCCAUGGGAAAUAGCUUGGGAGCUAAGAAAACCGCAAAGGUCAUUAAAAUUAACGGUGAGACAUUGAAGUUGAAGACACCGGUACAAGCUGGGGAACUUGUGAAAGACUACCCAGGUCAUGUUUUGUUGGAUUCCGAGGCUGUCAAGCAUUAUGGCAUUCGAGCAAAGGCUUUGGAACCGCACCAGCUGCUGGAGCCAAGGAGGCUCUAUUUCCUAGUAGAGUUGCCGCAGCCUCCAAAAGAGAAAGUUCCGAGAAGAGUUCGGUCGGAGAUAAACAUGAGCGCAAAGGAUCGGUUGGAGAGCUUAAUGCUGUCUCGAAGGUCGGUUUCUGACCUGUCCAUCAUGAAACCGACAAGCAUUAUGCUCGAGGAGUCCAAAGAAGGGUCACAGAAUGGAGCAGUGCGGUUGAGAAUGAGGCUUCCCAAAGCAAAAGUGGAGAAGUUGAUGAAGGAAAGCAAAGACGAGGCAGAGGCAGCUGAGAAGAUUAUGAAUCUUUGUAGGGCGAGCAACAGCAAUAAUGGUGGGCGUGAAGUUUCACCAAAGGGGAACGAGGCAGAGAUCAUGGCCUCGAAGCAGAAACCGCGUUGGGAAGCUCAUGGCCAUGGAAGAGUUGGAAGAAAUACCAUGAAAGGGCGUGAGAAGCGAGUGAGUUUCAUGCCAAUCAGUGAAGGAGAGAUUCAAAUAGCUGUGGCUUCUCAGUAGUAAGCCGUGAAGAGAGAAUAGAUGGCCUACAUAAGUAAAGCUGUUUACAUUGCUCCAACCAGAGGGGAUAGUACUACUACCUAACCAACCAAUUAAUACUUGGUCUGGUGUGUGAUAGUUAUCAUGUACGUACAUGAAACAAGUUGUUGGAUGCUGAAAUAAGAGCUUAAUUAAAGGUCAUGAUAUUAUAUAUUAAUAUACCAGUAGUUUUACUUAUAGUUUUA